CGUUGCUAGCUAUAAUUAACCGCAAUCUUGUUCUGCUCUACCAUGCAUAUUUUGGCUUUACGUACAGACACACAUUAAGUGGAGCCAAAGCUGCAGUGGCCAGAGCUAGCGGCGAAGAUGAGUUUAGCAGAAAACCAGAUAGACGAGGAAGCAUGUCUAAAUGCUAUGAUAUUCUCUAGCUCUCAUGUCUUCCCUUUUGUUCUUCACACAGCCAUAGAGCUUAAUCUAUUUGGUAUCAUAGCCAAAGCAGGCCCUGGAGCUUUUGUUUCGGCUUCUGAGAUUGCUUCUCAGCUUCCUACAACAAAUCCCGAUGCUCCUUCUAUGCUUGACCGUAUGCUUCAUCUCUUUGCCUCUCACUCCCUCCUCUCCUACUCUUCUCGAACGCUCAAAGAUGGCAGCGUUCAGAAACUUUACGGGCUCACACCCGCCUGUAAAUUCUUUAUUGGCAGCGUUGAAGAAGGCAACAUCUCUUCUUUGUCUUCCCUUUCCUACCUUAGAGCCACUGUGGAGGUCUGGUUAAAUAUGAAGGACGCAAUUCUUGAAGGUGGAAAUCUGUUCAAGAAAGUUCAUGGGAUGUCUAUAUUUGAGUACAUGAACAGAGAUCCAGAAUUCAACACCAUCUUCAACCAGGCAAUGGCUGGUCUUUCUUCUGUUAUUAUGAAUGGAAUACUAGCCAAAUACAAAGGAUUUGAAGGACUCACUUCACUGGUUGAUGUUGGUGGUGGAACUGGUAGAACCCUUAAUAUGAUCAUCUCUAAGUAUCCUUCCAUUAAAGGCAUUAACUAUGAUCUUCCUCAUGUCAUCCAAAGUGCACCACCUUACACCGGGAUCCAGCAUAUAGGUGGAAAUAUGCUCACAUGUGUUCCAAAAGGAGAUGCCAUUAUGAUAAAGGAUACAUGUCAUAAUUGGAGAGAUGACGAUGUGGUGAGAGUGUUGAAGAACAUUUAUGAAGUAUUGCCAGAAAAUGGGAAACUCGUAAUUUUGAAUGCAUUAUUACCAGAAGAGCCAGAGACAAGCAAAGCUUCACAGUAUGUUUCAAGACUUGACAAUACUAUGUUAACCCAACCUUGUGGUAAAGAGAGAACUGCAAGAGAAUUUGAGGCCUUGACUAAGGCUGCUGGCUUUACUAACUUUCGUGUUGCUUGUGUUGCUCAUGGUAUCUGGGCUGUUAUGGAAUCUUAUAAGUAAUAAGUUAGAAUUUCUGCAUUGUUUGCAACUUCUAAUUAAUCUAUUGUAAUACCAUUUGAAUUCAAAAUUUGGUUUUAUUUUGUUUCGUUUAAUCAGGUUUGUUUGUUUAUCAA